AGGGAAGGAAUCUUCGAAGGUGGACCAGGUGGGGUGAGUCUCAGGAGCUGAGUUUCAGCCCAAAUUUGAAUCUAAACUGCAUAAUUCUUCUCUCCCUCCUUCGCUGAAGGCUUCUGUGCUGAGCACCUGCGCCAGGUGCUGUAGGUAAGAAGUGGACGGAACAGCGGAGGAGGCCGGCGACGUGCACGUCCGUCCCGCGACGAAACGCGUUUCGAGGUGUCGGGGAGAUCAAGUGUGUGAAUGAUGCCCGGUUGCAGGCGAGACCUACGUGGCAACCCUGCCCCUGUCCUGGGCGCGUUGCCGGGGACUCACUCCUGUCGUUGUCAGGGCCUGUCGCCGCGGGCGUAAUCUCGCGACAAUCUUCGAUACUUCGCGCGGGACCGCCCAGCGGUUGCUGGGAGACGGCGCGGCUUCCGGGGGGCGGGCGCUUUGGUCUGUGGGUCGCGGCUGGCCCAGACGCCUGCAGCCAUGGCGCCCAAGAAGAAAGGGAAAGGCAGAGGUACCCCGAUUGUGGACGGGCUCGCUCCGGAGGACAUGAACAAGGAGCAGGUGGAGGGGCAUAUUGCCCGUAUCCGGGAGGAGCUAGACCGCGAGCGGGAGGAGCGCAACUACUUCCAGUUGGAGCGGGACAAGAUCCACACCUUCUGGGAGAUCACUCGGAGGCAGCUGGAAGAGAAGAAGGCUGAGCUUCGGAACAAGGACCGGGAGAUGGAGGAGGCCGAGGAGAGACACCAAGUGGAGAUCAAGGUCUACAAGCAGAAGGUGAAGCACCUGCUGUACGAGCACCAGAACAACCUGACGGAGAUGAAGGCGGAGGGCACCGUGGCCAUGAAGCUGGCUCAGAAGGAGCACCGCACGCAGGAGGGGGCGCUGCGCAAGGACAUGCGGGCGCUGAAGGUGGAGCUCAAGGAGCAGGAGCUGGCCAGCGAGGUGGUGGUGAAGAACCUGCGGCUGAAGCACACAGAGGAGAUCACCAGGAUGCGCAACGACUUCGAGAGGCAAGUGCGCGAGAUCGAGGCCAAGUACGACAAGAAGAUGAAGAUGCUCAGGGACGAGCUGGACCUGCGGCGGAAGACCGAGAUCCACGAGGUGGAGGAGAGGAAAAACGGCCAGAUCAGCACGCUGAUGCAGCGGCAUGAGGAGGCCUUCACCGACAUGAAGAACUACUACAACGACAUCACCCUCAACAACCUGGCCCUCAUCACCUCCCUCAAGGAGCAGAUGGAGGACAUGCGGAAGAAGGAGGAGCACCUGGAGAAGGAGAUGCAGGAAGUGUCCUCACAGAACCGGCGCCUGGCGGAGCCGCUGACCAAGGCCCGGGAGGAGAUGAACGAGAUGCGGAGGAAGCUGGGCGACCACAGGCGGGACAAGCAGAUCCUGGUGUGCACCAAGGCCCGUCUGAAAGUCACUGAGAAGGACCUCAAGAGCCUGCAGUGGGAGCACGAGGUGCUGGAGCAGCGGUUUGUCCAGGUGCAGCGGGAGCGGGACGAGCUCUACGGGAAGUUCACCGCGGCCAUCCUGGACGUGCAGCAGAAGACGGGCCUCCGGAACCUGGUCCUGGAGCGCAAGCUGCAGGCCCUCAGCGCGGCCGUGGAGAAGAAGGAGCUGCAGCUCAACGAGGUGCUGGCCGCCUCCAACUUGGACCCCGCGGCCCUGACCCUGGUGUCCCGCAAGCUGGAGGACGUCCUGGAGUCGAAGAACAGCACCAUCAAGGACCUGCAGUACGAGCUGGCCCGUGUCUGCAAGGUGCGAGGGGUCCACCUCCCCUCGGGGCACGUCCCCACCCAGGACCAUCCCUGUGGCCUGUGGCCUGUAGCAUGUCCCCGCCCAGGUGACCCUCUUGGGGCCUGCCUGUUGCACCUCUGGUCUCAUCCAGCAGCUCCUCCCCUCCUCCAUCGGACUUGGCCUCUGGGGUGAUGGGAGGGGCCUCCUCUGAUCCCCGAUUAAGUCCCACAGUCCUCCAAGCAGGGGACAGCUACCAGUCUAACCGUAUCUGAUGCUUCGUAUGUCUGCUGAAAGCUGCAUGCCU